AACGACUUUUGGUGAUAACACAUUAACACAAUAUUUUCGAAUCGCGCCUCGCGGUUGUUCUUAAGAAGUAAAUGCUUGCGAAUUUAACAAUAAUUACAAAUACUUUGAAGCUUAAUUCUUUUAUUUUGUUCCAACUACAAGAUGUCUCGUCCGGAACAUUUAGCUCCUCCGGAAAUCUUUUAUAAUGACGAUGAAGCUCGGAAGUAUACCCAAAAUUCUCGGAUGAUAAACAUUCAGUUAGAAAUGGCUGAAAGGUGUAUGGAAUUGUUGAUGUUACCAGAAGAUGAAACUUGUUUGCUAUUAGAUUUAGGAUGUGGUUCUGGUCUAAGUGGUAGUGUUGCUGAAGAAUCUGGUCAUAUUUGGUUUGGAAUGGACAUUUCAGGUUCCAUGUUAAAAGUAGCAAAAGAAAGAGAAGUUGAAGGUGAUUUAUUGUUGGGAGAUAUUGGUGAUGGUGUUCCAUUUCAACCAGGUACAUUUGAUGGUGCAUACAGUGUAAGCACAUUGCAAUGGUUAUGUAAUGCAGAUAAAUCAUCACAUAAACCUGCAAAAAGGCUGUAUACUUUGUUUUCGACAUUAUUAGCUUGUUUGGGACGCAAUGCGAGAGCAGUAUUUCAGUUUUAUCCAGAAAAUGUACAUCAAACAGAUUUAGUUGUAUCACAAGCGCGAAAAGCUGGAUUUUUUGGAGGAUUGUUGGUGGAUUUUCCGGAUAGUACUAAAGCUAAAAAAUAUUUUCUCGUUUUGAUGACUGGUGGUGCUAUGCCCAUGCCUCCAGCACUUGGUACAGAAAAUACCCAAAUUAAUUAUACAUCAAAAAGAGAAAAAAUGACAAAAGGGCGUGCGACAAAAUUAGUAAAAAAAAGUAGAGAAUGGAUUUUGGAAAAGAAAGAAAGGAGAAGACGUCAAGGAAGAACUACUAGAGAAGAUACCAAGUACACAGGACGAUCAAGAAGUGGACGGUUUUGAUUUUAAUUGUACACUAAUUUAUUUUUUGUGAAUUACAAUAUAUUCUGUUAUUUAUUGAAGGAUAAAACUUUUAUAAGUU